AUGAGUAUUAAGAAGGAAAAGGAUGCUGUCAAUGAGAAAGAGGAUACUAGUGCAAGCCAAGAAGAUUCUAAAGCCGUAUCCUACUUUAAAUCAUUUAUGUCUUCAAAUACUACAGCUUCUAAGAAAGAAAAACAAGAUAAAAAUGAACCAGCAAGAUUCUUGGGAGAUGGGGUGAGUUUUAAAGCAAAACUGAUCGGUAUUUUGGAAGUUAGUGAAGCAAGAGGAGACAGAAUGUGCCAAGAAGCGCUAGCUGAUUUAAAAAUGGCAAUAAGAGCAGCCGGUGAACACAAACAAAGGAUAAACAUUAAUAUAGCCAUUGAUGGACUAAGAUUAAGGGAUGAAAAAACUGGGGAUUGUUUGUAUCAUCACCCAGUUCACAAGAUUUCAUUCAUUGCUCAAGACAUGUCUGAUUCACGUGCCUUUGGCUAUAUUUUCGGGUCACCAGAUACAGGCCAUAGAUUUUUUGGUAUCAAAACUGACAAAGCAGCUAGCCAGGUUGUCAUCACCAUGAGGGACCUUUUUCAAGUAGUUUUUGAAUUAAAGAAAAAAGAAAUUGAAAUGGCAAAGCAACACAUUGAACAGCAUCAAAUGAAGUUUUCUGCUUCUUUAUUUCCUGAUACUGCAGUUAAGACAUCAUCUGAUACAUUGAAAAUUAGACCAACUGAGGAUCAAACAAAAGGAAAUACUUCAACAAAUGAUAGAAGAGAUAAUCAAGAACAUAUUAUGGAUCUGCUUGAUUUAGAGCUUGAACUUAAUAACAUUCAGCAAGGAAUAAAUCAAAUGGAUAGAAUAACUCCCUCAGAUCCAUUUGGCCCAUCAAUGACUCCUAAAACAACUGCUCUAGAUCCUUUUGGUGACUCAUUUAAUCCAAUGCAAAACAGAACCAAAAUCCCUCCUCCUCCUGAAAGUGGGAAGAAGAAUAAACCCACAGAGAGGCACUGGUUUGAUCAAGAAACUGAAGCACUGUUUGAAGAAACUGAGCUUCCUAGCACCACUAUUUCAUCACAUCAAGCAAACAACAUUCAAACCACGUUUCCUAUAUCUUCUGUAUCGGUGUCACCUCUUCCUUCUAACAAUGAGCAGAUCACUGAUGACUCUUUGAUAAGAAAACUAGAAACUUCUCUGCAUCGAGAACAAUUUGAUGUCUUUACUGAUUUAGAUCCACUUGGGACUGGCCGUAGUAAACCAUACAUUGAUAAGAAGGAUUUCUUUCAAGAUUUAAAAAAUCCACCUAAAAAAGUGCUUAAAGAUCUAGUCUCUGAGUUACCUAUUGAUUGCAAACAUUUGCCUGGUGAUUGUGAUUGUGAUACUGCUUCCUCUCAGCAAAACACUAAAGCUGAUACCACAAAAAGUGCAAAACUACCAUCUGCUCCUGUUUUAUACUCAGAUCCCUUUCAGAGUGAUCCAUUUGAUAAAGAUCCUUUUUCAGAUGUUGAUUUCUCAUGUACAAUUUUCACUCCAAGUGCAAAUUCUGAUCCAUUUGAGAAAUUUGCUGACUUUUCUUCUUUUGAUGUCAAAAAAGAUGAUUCAGCAUUACCAGAAAAAAAUAAAACUCUGGAAGAUCAAUCAAAAGCUCCACCAUUAAGAGUUUCUUUACCACCAGAAAAAAUAAAUACCAUUGAAAGUGUUCCUAUGAGUCCUCAUCAGUCACGCAGAAUUAAUAGGUUACAAAAAAAUAAUACAAUAAGUUGUAUAAUAAAACCUCCUAGUCCUGUUUUAAAACGUAAUAAAUUGGUUAGUCAGCCAUCAUUAGAUCAUUUAGAAAGGAAUUCUCCUAUUAUGGAAGGUGUCACGAUCAGGAGUAAAACUUCCAAUUUUUACCCCUCCAUUCCAAUAAGUACCUUUAAUGACACUAUUGCUCCUGAGCCUCCUCCAAGAUCUGCUCUGAAUUCUUUAGCUAUGAAACCGCCUCCACUCCCCCCUAAACGAUUAGCAAUAUCUGCAAGUUCAAAACCCCCUCCAAGACCACCGCAGUCUGACUAUGAUUAUAUUGAAAAUUAUCAUACUACAACUUACACUGAUGUGAAUAGUCCUCCUCUUCCAGCACCAGCUAGAAAAUUAAAACCAAACCAACAAAAACCCUCUGUUGAACCAGAGUAUUAUUUACAACCUUUUCCUUUACUUCCACCACCCAAAAAGAAAAAUUUAAGUCCCAAAGAAGUAUCCUCUGAACCAAAUGCUUCUCCUAAACAUAAUCUUGUCAAAAGCUCAUUAGAUAUUACACUAAGUCAACUCACUAAAACAGGAUUUAGUGAUUUAGCAGCAACAUUGAACAUGUCACCAACUUCAUUAUCCAAAAUGACUUUACAUGAUCUAACUAAAUGUUUGGCAAAUUUAUCAAAUGAUAGUCAAAGUAAAGAAUCAGUCGGUAAUAAUUCCCCCAGUAAAAAUUCUAAAUCUAGUAUUUUAAACAGUGAAUGUUAUUCAGCCCUUAGAGAAUCAAUAGAAGAAGAUAAUAUUUCAUUCACUGCUGAAUUUGAAACCCAUUUUAACUCUGGAAAUAGUUUUGAAGGAAAACAAGAGGAAUCUUUAUUUGAUAAAUAUGCUGUGUUUAGGGAAUUGUUAGAAGAAGAAAAAAAACUAGCCAUUUCGUUUAAUGAAAAUAAUUCUGAAGAAGCACAAUUACAAGCAUCUAAUUAUACUGAAAAUUCUGAGAAUAUAAAAGUAGAUACCAUUACAGAAUCAAAUGAAAAAUCUGAAGAAAAUCCUGUUGAAGAUAGGUAUGCAGCACUACGUGAAAUUUGCUUAGAUGAUGUGGUUGAAGAAAAGUAUGAUGCUGAUCUUAGUGAUAAAGAUGAUAGUGUCAUUGAACCUUCAAGAUUAGAAGAAGAUACUGAUCUUUUACCUCAGUCCCGUCCCCAUAGUGAAAGCACUGAAUCGCCAACCAUUACUAUGAAGGAGCACCAGUCUAUCAUUGAAGCUACUAUCAUGGAAGAAGACACCAGUGCAUUGGAAGGAGAUGAAGAAGAGGUAUUAGAAGAGUCAGUUGAUGAAACACUGAAAGAAUCAGCUGAUCAGGCUUAUGAGAUCAUAGACCAUAAUUUAAAAACUACAGGAGAGAGUAAUGGUAAUGAAAUUUUUUCGCACGGUGUAGGAACUGUAAAUGAAAGUAAACAUUCAGUUGAAAUCCCAAAGAAUGAUACUUCAUCAUGGGCCAAAUUUGAUGUUGAAUUAGGGACUGUUGGAGAAAGCAGAUCUAGUAUUCAUAGUGAAGGUCGAGCUUCUCCUUGGUCUGCUGAAAGUAAAGAUAAUGAUUUGUCUCCUGCAUGUAGAGACAAAAGAAAACACAGAAAAAUGAAAAGACAUAAACAAAAUAUUUGGCAUGAAGAUGAGGAGUCUGAAGAAGGAUGGGACCCUAGGCCUGAACACAGUUCAUGGAGCCCUUCCUGGAGAGAAAAUGGUUGGAGUGAUGGUGAUUCAAUGUAUGAUGAUACUCCACCAUAUGUUGAGCGUGAAUAUCACAGUCCCCGAAGAGGGAGAAGAAGAAGAGUUUCCCCAUGGAAUUCAAGGGAUCAAUCUCCAUGGGAAGAAGAUGACAGAGAUAUUUGUGAUGAGCAGUGGGAAAAUUCACGUUGGCAAGAUGAACCACGUCGGCAAGAUGAACCACGUCAAAGGCCAAAGCAUAGAGGUCCUUCAUGGGAAGAUGAAAGGAGGAGACAUUAUGAAGAAUCUAGGAAACCCCGUAAACAAAUGAUUUGGUUAAAUGAAGUAGACAGAAAAAGUAGCAGGGAAUCUUUGACAUGGGAAGAUGAAGAGAGGUACUCUAAAAGAAAUUAUGGAGAUAGACGGCGUAGAAAAUAUGAUGACGAUUUUCAUAACAGAAAUAGAUGGAGAGAAAGGGAAUGGUCUGAAGGAGGAAUGAAAGUAAGCAAUAGAUACUAUAAAGAAAGAAGUCAUGAUCCUCAUUGGGAUGUAGAAUAUAGUGAUCAUGCAGAUGAUGAAAUUAGCAGGUGGCCACAAAGACCAAGAAGCUGUGAACGAGGUAGAAGGCAGUUUUCAUUACAUCAUCCAGCUGAAGCUGAUUUUAAUGAAAGAUCAUCAGAAAGAAGAUAUAUGCGUAACAGGGAUGGACAUUGUGGAGAAACUGAUUACAGACGUAAAGCACACUCACACCAAACUCAAAAACAAAGACGUAAACAUAGCCAAAACUCUCCUUUUGAAGAUGACUUCUCUUCUCAGUUUGGCUUUUCUAAAGAAAUGUCUAGUCCAGGGGGCUCUGAUGCAUUUGAAUUGGAUGUUAAACAAAAUGCUGUUCCUUUUGAAGGAAGUGUGAAACAAUUUGAUCAAUCAAAACAGACUGAAUUUUCUCAGUUUAAUAAUCCAACAAUCCAUAGUUCAGAUUAUAAUAAAGAAACUGCAAAAGUGAGCCGUUCUUACCAACAGUCUCCAUUUGAAGAUGAUUUUACUCCACCAGAGGCUAGAAGAUGCAGUGGUCGAAGUGCUUCGAGUGAAUUAAGCGACCAAAGAGGUAGCGAUGAUGUUUUUUUCCCAAAUUCAAAUGAAAAUGUUAAACAACCAAGAGGUGAUACUAUCCGUCGUCCCAUUAGUACUACUCAACCAGAAAUCAAUGUAAGAACAAUGACUAACAAAUCAAUACCAACAGGGGACCAGUCAAACUCUUGUGACAUGGCUAGAGAAUUUAUUCAGACAGAUUGUGAUCAAGUUGAUAUUAAUAAUGCUCAACAUAUCAAUGAAAGAAAACAAGUAGGCAAUGAGUUUAAACUUCAUGGAUCUAUUAAACGAUCUGACUCUAGUAGUAGCCUGAGGAAAUCCGAAUCUGUUAAUAUUUUUGCACGUAAUAAUGAUCCAUUUGACGAUGACUUCUUUUGUGAAGAAAGUACAAAAAUUAAUCGCAGCCGUGACAAAUUAUCUAGAAAUAUAAUCAGUGACACCAAAUGGAAUGAAUCUUUUGAUACAUUUAGUUUUGAAGAUAAAUAAUAUUUUAAUUAUAAGUUCCUGUUACCUUUUGAGAUUUUUGUAGGUUCUUUUAAUUUGUUUGUUACAAUGAUACUGAUAGCAAAUAAAUACCAUCUUUAACAUCG